AUGGAAGUGAAAAAGUUGAGCAUUUCCUGGCAAUUCUUGAUAGUUCUGGUUCUGAUCCUGCAAAUUCUGUCUGCGUUGGAUUUUGACCCAUACAGAGUCCUAGGGGUCAGCCGAACAGCCAGUCAGGCUGAUAUUAAAAAGGCUUAUAAGAAGCUCGCCCGGGAAUGGCAUCCUGACAAAAACAAAGAUCCUGGAGCAGAAGACAAGUUCAUUCAAAUUAGCAAAGCUUACGAGAUUCUUUCCAAUGAGGAAAGGAGAUCACAUUAUGACCACUAUGGAGAUGCUGGGGAGAGCCAGGGCUUCCAGAAGCAGCAGCAGCAGCGAGAGUAUCGCUUCCGCCACUUCCACGAGAAUUUUUAUUUUGAUGAAUCUUUUUUUCACUUCCCUUUUAAUUCCGAACGACGGGACUCAAUUGAUGAGAAGUAUUUAUUGCACUUUUCACACUAUGUGAAUGAAGUGGUUCCAGACAGCUUCAAGAAACCCUACCUCAUUAAGAUCACCUCAGACUGGUGCUUCAGCUGUAUCCACAUUGAGCCUGUCUGGAAAGAAGUAGUUCAAGAACUUGAAGGUUUGGGUGUAGGAAUUGGCGUGGUCCAUGCUGGGUACGAGCGACGCCUAGCCCAUCACCUGGGAGCACACAGCACACCCUCGAUCCUAGGAAUCAUAAAUGGGAAGAUCUCCUUCUUCCACAAUGCAGUUGUCCGUGAGAACCUGCGGCAGUUUGUAGAGAGUCUGCUUCCAGGGAACUUGGUGGAGAAAGUUACAAACAAAAAUUAUGUCAGGUUCCUCUCUGGCUGGCAGCAAGAGAAUAAGCCGCGUGUCCUCCUGUUUGACCAGAUGCCCACCGUACCACUGCUCUACAAGUUGACUGCUUUUGCAUACAAAGAUUACUUGUCAUUUGGAUAUGUGUAUGUCGGUUUGAGAGGGGCAGAAGAGAUGACAAGGCAAUACAACGUCAAUGUCUAUACCCCCACCAUCCUGAUCUUUAAAGAACACAUCCACAAGCCUGCAGAUGUUAUCCAGGCCCGAGGUAUGAAGAGACAGGUCAUUGAUGACUUUAUCACCCAAAACAAGUAUCUGUUGGCAGCCAGGCUCACCAGCCAGAAGUUGUUCCAUGAACUCUGCCCCGUGAAACGGUCUCACCGACAGAGAAAGUACUGUGUGGUUUUACUGACCGCUGAGGCUACCAAGUUGAGCAAACCCUUUGAGGCGUUCCUAUCCUUUGCCCUGGCAAACACACAGGACACUGUGAGGUUCGUGCAUGUCUACAGCAAUCGGCAGCAGGAAUUUGCCAGCACCUUACUGCCAGACAGUGGCACGUUUCAAGGAAAAUCAGCGGUGUCUAUCUUAGAAAGGCGCAACACUGCAGGGCGGGUGGUGUAUAAAACCCUGGAGGAUCCCUGGACUGGGAGUGAGAGUGAUAAAUUCAUCCUUUUGGGUUAUCUAGACCAACUGCGGAAAGACCCAGCUCUUCUGUCAUCGGAAGCUGUGCUCCCUGACUUGACCGAUGAACUCGCCCCUAUUUUUCUUCUUCGGUGGCUCUACUCUGCUUCUGACUACAUCUCAGACUGCUGGGAUAGUGUAUUUCACAACAACUGGCGGGAAAUGAUGCCCCUUCUGUCCCUGGUUUUCUCUGCCCUCUUCAUCCUCUUUGGCACUGUCAUCGUUCAAGCUUUCAGUGACUCAAAUGAGGAGCGAGAGUCCAGCCCUCCAGAUAAAGAGGAAGCCCGUGAGAAGACAGGGAAGGCGGAGCCAAGCUUCACCAAGGAGCCCAGCAGCAAGAUUCCUAAAAAAGGCUUUGUGGAGGUAACAGAACUCACAGAUAUAACAUACACCAGUAACUUGGUACGCCUGAGGCCAGGCCACAUGAACGUGGUUCUCAUCCUGUCCAAUUCCACCAAGACCAGCCUGCUGCAGAAAUUCGCUUUGGAGGUCUACUCAUUCACUGGGAGCAGCUGCCUACACUUUUCCUUCCUGAGUCUAGAUAAACACAGAGAAUGGCUCGAAUACUUACUAGAAUUUGCUCAAGACGCGGCCCCAAUCCCAAACCAGUACGACAAGCAUUUCAUGGAGCGUGACUACACGGGUUAUGUGCUGGCUCUGAACGGCCACAAGAAGUACUUCUGCCUCUUCAAGCCCCAAAAAGCAGUGGAAGAGGAGGAAGCCAUGGGGCCGUGCAGUGACGCUGACUCCUCACUCCAUCUGGGUGAGUGUCGAGGGAAGCCUUCCUCUGGCCCUGGGCCCAGGCCCGUCAAAGGAAAAUUGAGCAAGCUGUCCUUAUGGAUGGAACGGCUGCUGGAAGGCUCCUUACAGAGGUUUUAUAUCCCGUCAUGGCCUGACCUAGACUGA